AUGACUGUGUUUCAUACAGUCUGGGAAAGCUGCCAGCAAAGAGACUCGUUUUUACAGCCUAUGUGGGAUUACCUGCGGAUCAACCAUUCUGGCAUGCUUCGAUCUCCUCUCUUUCCUGUGAUUCUAACCGUAGCAUCAUACUUUGUUCUUUGUCUGCCCUUCCUGGCAUGUGACAUUAUGGGAGAGAAGUGGCCUGCUAUUUACUGGUACAAGAUCCAGCCUGGCAAGAUGCCCACACCUGCGAUGCUUCUACACUGCAGUGGAGUUACCCUGUAUAAUCAUCUACUCCUGGUGUUGCCUGCAGCAGCAGCACAGUGGAUGUGGAGACCUCCCAUUCCUCUGCCUGAACAAGCACCUACAUUACUAGAACUUGCAGUUGGGGUGGUUGGGAAUCUUCUGCUCUUUGACUUUCAGUACUUUGUUUGGCAUCUGCUUCAUCACAGAGUGCCUUGGCUCUACCGCACUUUCCACAAGGUGCAUCACAAGAACACGGCCACAUUCGCCCUCACCACGGAGUACUCUGGGGCUUGGGAGACAUUGUCAUUGGGAUUCUUCGCUGCUGUAAAUCCAAUGUUACUUGGAGCUCAUCCCAUGACAGAGAUGCUCUUCCAUAUUCUGAACAUGUGGCUGUCAGUGGAGGACCACUGUGGAUAUGACUUCCCGUGGUCCACCUCACGUCUGAUUCCUUUUGGUAUUUAUGGAGGUCCAAGCAAGCAUGAUGUACACCACCGGAAACCUAAUACCAACUUUGCUCCACAUUUUAGCCACUGGGAUAAACUGUUCGGCACUCAUGCUGAUUUUAGUUUUGUUAAAACUCAUUGA